AUGUCGUCCUUACAAACCGCUCACACAUCAGAAGACACAAAGUACAACAGUGAGCAGUUACUUCUCAGAAACAGUUUUCAAAGUGACCAGCCACCCUCGCCUCCCACCACCCCUGCUCUGGGACCGAACCCGGCCUCGAAGGCCAGCAGCGAGCGUCCGUCCCCCUGGCCGCAGCCCCUGCCCCCUCCCCGCGGGCCUCCCCACCCGCCACCUGGCUCCGCAGCGGCCGUUCGGGAAGCCCUCGGCACUUCCCAGAAUAGAGAGCAGCUGCCAACGUCAGGCUGCCGCCCGCCGCGGGGUUCCGGGCGCACGGGGUGCGGGCGUUGGGGACGGGACGCCACCCUGGCCUUCCGUCUCCCCCCUCAACGCGCCGGGAAACUGAGGCCCAGGGCUGGCGGCAACUUCCCCAGGGUGCACCGUCCGCGAGGGCCCGGCGAGUCCCGACCCCCGUCCGCGAUCCCUCGACCACACGCGCCGCCCGGUCGCCCCGGAGAGCCGGGCGAGGAGCGGGUCUCCGAGCGCAGCGCUCCGCCCGGGACCGCGCAGGGCGCCAGACGCGGCCAACUCGCCGCGAAAGUUGUUGUCUCCCAGCCUGCCCUCGCCUCUCACCUCCGAGACACACCUUCCCGCGGGCCCUGGCAGCCGCACGCUCACAUCCGGUCCACCUUGCGCACACCCCUCUCCACGCUCUCCCACGGCCCUUUUCCCUCCCACGCCUGCGGCGGGCGGCCGCUCCCCCGCGCCCCCUCGUGCACUCCCACCCGCGGCCGGGGCGCGCCUUCCCCGCCCCGCCGCACGCCUGGCCUCCGCGCCGCGCCCGCCCGGGCUUCUGGCUCCCGGGAGCCCCAGCCCCGGGCCGCGACCCGCUUCCGCCCGCCCGGCGGGUCGGGGCCGGGGUAG